AGUCGUACUUUUAAUUUGUGAACAUUAAAAUACACUUUGGAUUUAAAACAGUUUAUGUGCAUACUCGGUCACCAGUUUUGGAAUAUUAUUGUCCUGGAAGUGAUGUGUUACCAUAUGUGAUCACAGCAGGAUACUUCAGUAUUCUCCUUUGGAACUAUAAUUCCACACCAAGGACAUUAAUAUUUUUGCCAGAAUGAGGCAGAAAGUGAUUUAUUUGUGUGUGUGGAUAGUGCUGAUCUCCCAAGCGUGGUCUGAGGAUGGCGACUUCAUAAUGAACGAUGAGGAUGACGAGGAUCUUAACCCGCUAAUCCAAGCUGUACCGGACUCCGUCGAUAAGGAAAGUGAACGCAAAGAACGCCAUAUCAGCUUCAACAUUCAACAUGCCCCCGCAGUUAGUGCCCGAUACAGCUAUGCUGGAUCAGUAGGAGGCGCUGGAGGAUAUGGAGGCGGAGGAUAUACCGGUGGAAUAAAAACAUCUUCCAUGAGUGGAGGUCUUCUAACGAAAACACUAGGAGUCUUUGGCAUUGGCAAGGGAAACCAGGGAAACUUCUACGGAAGUGGUGUCAACUACCUGGAAGCCUUUGGCAAGUGCUCCGCCUUGCAGUUGCCUUCUAAUGUUCAGUCCGAAUGCCAGCAUGGGAGGUGUAAGGUCUUCUGCCCUUCUGGCUACAGCUUCGCUCCGGACGUACAGGUCCUGGAGAUGUUCUGUAGUAAUGAUGGAUGGAUUAUAGGGAACUCGGUCUUCACUGAAGUUCCACCUUGCCAGGCCCAAUGCCAGCCUCCGUGUCAAAACAAUGGAAUCUGCCUCUCACCCGGAAACUGUCAGUGCCCGGAGAAUUACUACGGCCCAGUGUGCCAGCAGAAGAAGUCAGUGUGUGCCUCAAUUCCAAAGGCGCCGAAGAACUCAAAAGUCUCAUGCAUGAAUAAUAUUUGCCACGCAGAGUGCAUGCGGGGAUUCCAGUUCCCAGAUGGUAGUGGUAUUACCAACAUUGAGUGCCGCAACGGACAGUGGGUGCACACCAAAACGGGGCUCGAGAAGCCCCCUGACUGUGCUCCCACUUGCGAGCCAGCAUGCCAAAACGGAGGACAGUGCAUAAGCUUCAAUGUGUGCCAAUGCUCCAAGAUGUUCCGCGGGGCCCACUGUCAAUAUAAUAUAAAUAGUUGUAAUGUCACCAAUACCAACUUUAAUGGAAACUAUAGAUGCGCCUAUGAACAGGAGGAGGCUCGCUGCACAUUUACUUGUCCGCAAGUGCCGGGAUUAAAGGUCCAAGGUCGCCUUGACAUUGAGUACAAGUGUAGCUAUCAAAAGGGACGAUAUCUGCCUGAACCACUGCCCAAGUGCAUAUUUCCUCCUGGUUAUACCAUCCGAUCCAGCACGUCAACGCAAAAGGUGAUGCAGCAGGCGGGACGAGUGUACCAUGGUGGGUUCAGUGGCGAAAUGGCCUACGAAAUUCGAACCGAGCGGGAGAAACUCUUGGCCCUGCUGGCAAAGUACAGGGACUUGGAAAGAAGAAGCGAAUGGUGGUCAUCGGAGGAAACUGUCGUCACACUGGGAAGUUAUUCGCUGUAUCAGACCAGCGAGGUAGAUGUCGUCAUUGACAAGACUCCCCGUCCAGCUCUUUGUACCACUUGGGGAGGUCUCAAUAUGAAAACCUUCGAUGGCCUGGUCUUCAAAGCACCUCUGUCUUGCUCGCAUACUCUAAUAACAGACAAAGUUUCGGGAACUUUCGACAUUAUCCUAAAGGCUUGUCCAUAUGGCUCCGGUUAUGGCUGCGCACACAGCCUCAAGGUACUCUGGCAAUCCGUCCUAUACACCUUCGAAAAUCUGAAUGGCACCAUGCGCUUAUCCACUCCUGUGAAGAACCUUCCGAUGCCAGUUCAGGUAAUGGGUAUGAAAGUGAUGCCCGUAGCCCAACAUGUCCAGAUCGAUCUUGAGUCCGUGGGACUCAAAUUGGACUGGGACCAUCAUCAGUAUGUAUCGGUGCAAGCUGGUCCCCAGAUGUGGGGCAAGGUGGGUGGUCUCUGCGGAUCGUUGGACGGUGACACCAGCACAGACUUCGUCUCUAGAACGGGCAAGAAGCUGCAGACUGUCAAGGCCUUUGCCGAUGCCUGGCGCGUCGAGGACAAAAGUGACAUGUGCCAGGUCGAGAACAGCGCAGAACUGCAGUUCGGCGUGGAUUCCUGCGAGCAGAGCAAACUGCAAAAGGCUGUAGUGGUAUGCGAACGCCUGCUGGCCAACGAGAAGUUGGGAGACUGCAUUAAGCCCUUUAACUUUGACGCUCUGAUCCGCACCUGCAUGUCGGACUACUGCAACUGCGCCAAUCGGGAGCAUCCGGAAAGUUGCAACUGUGAUGCCAUCGCUAUGUUGGCCAAGGAGUGUGCCUUCAAAGGCAUUAAGUUGGAGCAUGGAUGGCGGAAUCUCGAGAUUUGUCCCAUCAGCUGCGGAUUCGGACGAGUUUACCAUGCUUGUGGGCCAAAUGUGGAGCCAACCUGCGAAUCGAAUGUUUCGAUCCCACUCUCUAGGGGCACCUGUAAUGAGGGCUGCUUUUGUCCAGAAGGAACGGUGCAAUAUAAGGAUGCCUGCAUAACACGGGAGCUAUGUCCCUGCUCUCUUCGAGGAAAGGAGUUCAAGCCGGAGUCAACGGUCAAGAAGAACUGCAACACUUGCACCUGCAAGAACGGGCAAUGGAAGUGCACAGAGGACAAGUGUGGUGCGCGCUGUGGGGCAAUCGGAGAUCCGCAUUACCAGACUUUUGAUGGAAAACGUUUCGAUUUCAUGGGCAAGUGCUCCUACCAUCUGCUGAAGACCCAGAACUUGUCGAUCGAAGCAGAGAAUGUAGCUUGUUCGGGCGCUGUCUCAGAGGCAAUGAACUUUGCCGCUCCUGACGAUCCUUCUUGCACCAAGUCGGUGACAAUUCGAUUUGUGCUGCGGGACGGCACUCCCUCCGUAAUCAAGCUGGACCAGGGCCUGUCCACCAUUAUUAAUGACAAGCCAAUUGCGAAACUACCAAAGAUGCUGGGAUUGGGCGAGGUGUUGAUCCGUCGGGCCAGUUCGACCUUUCUAACUGUGGAAUUCGCUGAUGGCAUUCGCGUCUGGUGGGAUGGAGUAUCGCGUGUCUAUAUUGACGCUCCGCCGAGCUGGCGAGGAGAGACAAAGGGUCUUUGCGGUACAUUUAACUCGAAUACCCAGGAUGACUUUCUAACGCCUGAGGGCGAUAUUGAGACAGCCGUGGAGCCGUUUGCGGACAAAUGGCGCACGAAGGACACGUGCCAGUUCAAGGCAGAGACCCCUCAAGGACCCCAUCCCUGUACCCUCAAUCCGGAGAGAAAAGCCCUGGCUGAGAAGCACUGUGACUGGAUUCUGCAGGACAUCUUCCAAGACUGUCACUUUAUGGUCGAACCAGAACAGUUCUACGAAGAUUGCCUGUAUGACACCUGCGCCUGCAAGGACGACUUGUCCAAAUGCUUCUGUCCCAUUCUCUCGGCCUAUGGAACUGAGUGCAUGCGACAGGGCGUGAAAACCGGCUGGCGCAUGACGGUCAAGGAGUGCUCUGUAAAAUGUCCUUUGGGUCAGGUGUUCGAUGAGUGCGGGGAUGGCUGUGCUCUCACUUGCGAUGAUCUGCCCAGCAAGGGCACCUGCAAUCGCGAGUGCGUCGAGGGCUGUCGCUGCCCCCAUGGAGAGUACAUCAAUGAGGAGGGCGAGUGUGUGCCGAAGCAAAAGUGCCAUUGCACCUUCGACGGCAUGACAUUCCGUCCGGGUUACAAAGAGGUGCGGCCGGGAGAGAAGUUCCUGGACCUUUGCACCUGUUCGGACGGUGUGUGGGAUUGCCAGGACGCCGAUCCGGGUGACAAAGAUAAGUAUCCACCUUCAUCGGAGUUGCGCUCCAAGUGUGCCAACCAGCCUUUUGCCGAGUUUACCAAAUGUGCCCCUAAGGAGCCGAAAACCUGCAAAAACAUGGACAAGUAUACGGCUGAUUCAUCGGAGUGCCUUCCGGGCUGUGUUUGCAUGGAGGGAUAUGUCUAUGACACUUCCCGCUCGGCCUGCGUGCUGCCCAGCAAUUGCUCGUGCCAUCAUGCCGGAAAAAGUUACGAUGAUGGGGAGAAGAUCAAGGAGGACUGUAACCUUUGCACAUGCCAGGCCGGCAACUGGAAGUGUUCGGACAAUGGCUGCGAGUCCACUUGCAGUGUCUGGGGUGAUUCCCAUUUCACCACCUUCGAUAACCACGACUUUGACUUCCAGGGAGCCUGUGAUUAUGUUUUAGCCAAAGGAAGUUUUGACAAUGGAGAUGGCUUCACCAUCACUAUACAGAACGUGCUGUGCGGCACAUUAGGGGUGACUUGCUCCAAGUCUUUGGAAAUCUCCCUGACUGGCCAUGCUGAAGAGUCGCUGCUUCUGAGCGCGGAUUCAUCUUAUUCGACAGACCCCAACAAGUCACCCAUUAAGAAACUCCGUGAUAGUGUCAAUUCGAAAGGCUUCAACUCUUUCCAUAUCUACAAGGCCGGUGUCUUCGUGGUUGUGGAAGUCAUACCCCUGAAGUUGCAAGUAAAGUGGGAUGAAGGCACCCGAGUAUACGUUAAACUGGGCAACGAAUGGCGCAAUAAGGUCAGCGGCUUGUGCGGCAACUACAAUGGCAAUGGUCAGGAUGACAUGCAGACUCCCUCUUUUGGCCUAGAAACGAGCCCAAUGCUCUUCGGUCAUGCAUGGAAACUGCAACCCCAUUGCUCAGCCCCAGUGGUGCCAAUCGAUGCCUGCAAAAAGCAUCCAGAGCGCGAAACCUGGGCGCAACUCAAAUGCGGAGCCCUGAAGUCAGAGCUGUUUCAGGAGUGCCACACAGAGGUGCCACUGGAGCGUUACUGGAAGCGUUGCAUCUUCGAUACCUGUGCUUGUGACCAGGGAGGCGACUGCGAGUGUCUGUGCACAGCCGUUGCCGCUUAUGCCGACGCUUGUGCCAAGAAAGGCAUUCACAUUCGCUGGAGAUCGCAACAUUUCUGUCCCAUGCAAUGUGAUCCCCAUUGUUCGGAUUAUAAGGCUUGUACUCCGGCCUGUGCUGUGGAGACGUGUGAGAACUUCCUCGACCAGGGAAUAGCCGAGCGCAUGUGCAACCGGGAGAACUGUUUAGAAGGAUGCCACAUAAAGCCUUGCGAAGACGGAUUCAUUUACCUUAAUGAUACGUAUCGAGAUUGUGUGCCUAAGGCCGAUUGCAAGCCAGUCUGUAUGAUCAAGGAUGGAAAGACAUUCUAUGAAGGCGACAUCACUUAUACGGAUGCGUGCGCCACAUGCCGAUGCUCCAAGCGAAAGGAAAUUUGCAGCGGCGUCAAAUGUGAACUACCCACAACUCCGGCACGUUCUGCACCCAUAAUCGAGGGCUCCACCGUGUCGCCUCCCAUGGCAACGCAGAAUCAAACCAAGUGCGUCAAGGGAUGGACUCGGUGGUGCGACAAGGACAGGGACUCCUCGCACAAGAGCGUGCGACUAAACGACGAGGAGAAGCUGCCGCGCUACGAUAGAAUGGAGAGCGUUUAUGGCACUUGCCUGAAGCAGUACAUGACCAAGGUGGAGUGCCGGGUUAAGGAAACUCACGAAGCUCCAGAACAAAUGGACGAGAACGUGAUCUGUAAUCUGGAGGAGGGGUUGAGGUGCAUUGGAAAGUGUCACGACUAUGAAUUGCGGGCUUUUUGCCAGUGCGAUGAGGAGCCACUGGCAGAAGUAUCAAAGCCCACUGAGAAGCCGCAACUUGGCCUGAACUGCGAUGCUGCCAUUGCAGAAUAUAAGGAGUUCGCCGGAGACUGUCAUAAGUUCCUGCAUUGUCAGCCCAAGGUGGAUGGUGGAUGGAUCUAUAUUGAGAAGACCUGCGGUUCGGACCUCAUGUUUAACCCCACCAUGUUCAUUUGCGAUCACAUAGCCACCGUCAAGGAGAUCAAGCCGAGCUGUGAAACGAAGACAAGGUUGGAUCCUGAACCAGAGCCCAUCAAACAGUGUCCGGACGGCAAGGUUUGGACAUCCUGUGCCAACCAGUGCGAGCACACUUGUCACUACUACGGCAGCAUCCUUAAAAAGCGAGGCCUCUGCCAGCCCGGUGAGCACUGCAAGGCCGGUUGUGUAGAUAAGCUGCGUCCGGACUGUCACAAGCAGGGCAAGUUUUGGAGGGACGAGGAUACUUGUGUACACGCCGACGAAUGUCCUUGCAUGGAUAAGGCAGAGCACUAUGUGCAGCCCCACAAGCCAGUUCUUGGAGAGUUCGAGGUUUGCCAGUGCAUCGAUAAUGCUUUCACGUGCAUUCCCAAUAAACAGGAAGUUGUUCCCGAGGUGCCAAAAGAGGAAGUGGAAAUAUUGCCCGUGGUCCCUAUCAUUCCUGUUACCCUCACUCCGCCUCUGCAUUGUUCCCCAGAACGCCUUAUUCCUAAGAUCGACUACAAUCAGCAUUCAGAGCCUGAUAGCAUAUUCAAUGCAAGUUCCCAAUUGGCUCCCGAGCACGGACCCAGCAUGGCUCGUCUGACUAAGAAGCAUGACAAGGGUAGCUGGUCGCCCAGCAUCAAUGAUCAAAUGCAGUAUCUGGAAUUGAACUUUGGCAAGCCGGAACCAUUCUAUGGUAUCGUCAUGGCAGGAAGUCCUGACUUUGACAACUAUGUGACUCUUUUCAAGAUUCUACACAGUCAUGAUGGAAGUGCAUAUCACUAUCUGGUGGAUGAAACAGAUAAGCCACAAAUGUUCAAAGGUCCCUUGGAUUCAAGGGCUUUGGUCCAGACACUUUUUAAUAUACCAAUCGAAGCGAGCUCUCUCCGAAUUUAUCCACUAAAAUGGCACGGCUCCAUUGCCAUGCGUGUGGAGCUGCUAAUCUGCGGAGAUAAGGUGGAAGCUGAGCCAAAAUCUAUGUUUUCAACCCCCUCACCCAUUACUGAGAGUCCAGUUCAGCUGCAGGAUCAGGACUGCGUCGAUCUAAUGGGCGUGGCAGAGGGUAAGAUGUACGAGGAGCAGGUUCAGUCUAGCAGCCUGUGGCAGCAGGCUCAGCCGACCAGGAAGUUACGGCUGCUGGACCUGCUGAAUAUAUCUACACCCCAGGCUUGGCGUCCCCUGGCCAACAGUCAAAACGAGUUCAUCGAGUUUGAUUUCCUGGAACUGCGAAAUAUUUCCGGCUUUAUCACAAAGGGUGGGAAGGAUGGUUGGGUCACUGGAUACAAAGUGAUGUUCUCUAAGAAGAAGCCCACAUGGAACACCGUCCUCUCAACGAAUGGACAACCGCGCAUCUUUGAGGCCAACGUAGAUGCUGAAACUGAGCGCAGACAUCAUUUCAAGAAACCCAUUCUGGCGCAGUAUAUUAAGGUUAUGCCAGCAAAAUGGGAAAAAAACAUUAAUAUGCGCAUCGAACCCCUAGGAUGCUUUUUGCCAUACCCUGAAAUUCAACGCGUCGUACCUGUGGACAAAGCCACGCCUACAAAAUGCAAUAUCUGCGAAGGUGUAUCUACCUCCAGUCCGAGCUCAGAGUGUCAGUGUCAAGAACCUCUCUUUUGGGAUGGCACGAAUUGUGUACAGCACAAUCUCUGUCCCUGUGUGGAAAACUACGUUAGUUAUCCAAUUGGCACUAAGUUCGAGAACUCAGCCUGCGAGGAGUGCGUCUGUGUGCUCGGCGGACACAAGAAUUGCAAGCCUAAGAAAUGCCUGCCCUGUCAGGACGCCAACCUGCGUCCGGUGAUAACCAGUGACUGCUUUUGCAAAUGUGAGCCAUGCCCCAAGCACCAAAGACUAUGCCCUUCAAGUGGGGAUUGCAUCCCCGAAGUUCUCUGGUGCAAUGGCGUUCAGGACUGUGCUGACGAUGAGGAUUCCAGCUGCAGGGACUCAUACACCGUGGAGCCCGAUAUUAGUCGGGAAAAGAAUGAGACUGAAGUCAUCACGUGUCCGGUACCCGUCUGCCCACCUCAGAUGAAGAUUAAAAUUACUGAGAAAAAGUUAAGAAAAAUGUCAAAGAUGUUUACCUUCUCCAAACAAGUCUCGAUAGUGGAUGACGGAACCACCAUUACCAAGACCAAGUUCAUUUCGUCAAAGGAACAAAUUCUUGCUAUGCCCAGCCAGGAACUAGACUAUUACCAGGAGGAGCAGUGCGACGAGUUCACCUGUGUCCCCAUUCCCAGUAAGCAGGUGGACAAGAACGAAACCAUCAGCUGUGCGGAGCCAAAGUGUCCGGAGAAAUACGACGUAGAGCUAGAUAUGAGCAAUGCCAAGGCGGGAGACUGCCUUAAAUAUGCCUGCGUACUUAGACCCAACAAGGACGAUGUCUGUGAGAUCAGUGGAAAAAGCUUUACCACUUUUGACGGAACUGUGUUCAAGUACGGACCAUGCAGUCACAUCUUGGCCAGAGACAUUCACAACGGCAGUUGGUCGAUAUCGGUCCAUCAGCAAUGCAGCGACGAGACUCGGAAGGUCUGUCAUAAAGUGAUCACCAUACAGGAUAUACACGCUGGAAACGAGCUGAUUCUCCUUCCCCAUCUGAAGCUCAAGUUCAAUGGGUUCGAGUUCACAGUACAGCAGCUAAUUAACUCACCCAUCUGCAAGGCUUCCUUUGUGGUGUCUCAGCCGGGCAAAACCCUCCUGGCCGUGUCUACAAAAUACGGGUUCUGGGUGCAACUUGAUGAUAUUGGAAUCGUCAAAGUGGGCAUCUCAUCUAAGUUCAUAAAAACUGUGGAUGGUCUGUGCGGAUACUACAAUGGAAACCCCAAGGACGACAAGAGAUCCCCGGAUGGACAGAUAAUUGCAAAUACCGAGAAGUUCGGGGACAGUUGGUACGACAAGCGAGUGCCCAAGGAUCAGUGUGGAGACCUCAAGUGUUCCAGAGACAUGCAGGCUAAGGCUCUACAGCUGUGUAAUAUCAUACAUCAUCCAAGUUUUGCUCGCUGCCACAAGUCUGUCAAUUAUAAACAGUUCCUGAACAACUACUGCCUCGAAGCUGCCUGCGAUUGCAUGUUGGCAAACAACGGGGAUACUGGCGCAUGCAAGUGCAAUAUUCUAGAGAGCUUUGUGAAGAAGUGCCUGAGCGUUAAUCCGUUGGUACAAUUAACUACCUGGAGAGCCGUGGCUCAGUGUGAAAUCAAGUGUCCUGCUCCAUUAGUGCAUACUGACUGCUAUAAGCGACGCUGCGAGCCUUCCUGUGAUAACGUUCAUGGCGAUGACUGUCCCGUGCUUCCAGAUGCAUGCUUCCCAGGCUGCUACUGUCCCGAAGGAACUGUGAGAAAGGAAUCCAAGUGUGUGCCAAUAUCAGAGUGCAAGGAUUGUGUGUGCAACGCCCUGGGUGCCUCCAAGUACAUGACCUACGACCGUAAGCCAUUUAGCUUUAAUGGAAACUGCACCUACCUGAUGUCUCGAGAUGUGGUGCUCCCUGGUGUGCAUACAUUCCAGGUGUAUGCUAGCAUGGAUGACUGCAAGAAGCUGGGGCAGACCACCCCUGUUGAUAAUGGUAGCUGUGUUAAAUCCAUUCAUAUUAUCAAUGGAGACCACGUGAUUCAUAUACAGCGCUCUCCGCAAAACAAAAACUCCCUGCAGAUCCUGGUAGAUGGAUUUGAGAUUAAGAAAAUACCGUUCAAGGACAGUUGGAUUAGUCUUCGCCAGGUGGUUGGCAAGGAGCUUGUACUCUCCCUUAUAGAAUCUCAUGUAGAGCUGACUGUCUCUUUCGAGGGUAUGAUCUUUUCCGUGGGCGUGCCGAGCAUCAGAUAUGGAAGCAAGAUGGAGGGACUCUGUGGCGACUGCAAUGGAAACGCUUCAAAUGAUCUGCAGCCGAAUCCUGCUAAGAGGAAGCCGGGAGUGGACGUAAUUCAGAGCUGGCAAGCGGAUGAACCCAAGCUUGGGCUUGUCGAAGGAUGCCAUAGCGAGGAUGUACCCAAGGAACAGUGUAAGCUUUUGCCUAAGGAGAAGGAUCCCUGCCUGCAAUUUUACAACCCCGAGCUGUUUGGCAAGUGCCCGCUUGUCGUCGACCCUAUUGCCUAUGUGUCCUCCUGCCAGCAGGACAUCUGCAAGCCUGGCAAUACCCAGCAGGCAGUCUGCGUAGCCCUAGCUGCGUAUGCUAAGGAAUGCAACCAACACGGAAUCUGCACUAACUGGAGAAGGCCACAGUUGUGUCCAUAUGAGUGUCCCAGUGAUAUGGUCUACGAACCGUGUGGAUGUGCCAAGAACUGCGACACAAUUAAAGCCAUGUCGGAUUACGAUGCUGUUAGUCUGAAGAGCCAGACCAUAAUCCAUACUGUGAAGAGUGACGAUAUGUGCUUGAGCUCAGAGCGCUUUGAAGGUUGCUUCUGUCCUGCGGGUCAAGUCAUGGAUAGCGGCAAGUGUGUGCCCGAAAUAGCCUGUACAAAGUGCGACGAUGGUCUGCAUUUGCCUGGCGAUAAAUGGCAGAAGGAUAAAUGCAACGAGUGUGAGUGCGAUCAGAGCGGGAAAACUUCUUGUGUGGAAAAGAAAUGCCAGGUCGAGGAGAACAUCUGUGCCGAGCAUUACAAACCCCAGAUAAUUGUCAGUGACGAGGAGUGCUGCCCCAGGUAUCGAUGUGUUCCAGAGCCCAAGGACCCGGCCAAGGUAUGCUUGGCUCCCCUGAUGCCAAUCUGUGGCCCCGGACAAUUUAAAAAGCAGAAAAACGAUGUCAAUGGAUGUCCCCAAUACAUAUGCGAGUGUAAGCCGAAGGAAGAGUGUGAGAUUUUGAAACCACCACGGGAUUUGCUUCCGGGGGAGAAGCUUGUAAAGGUUGAGGAAGGCUGCUGCCCCACUCAGAAGAUCGUCUGUCAACCGGAGCUGUGUCCUAAAGCACCGAUGUCCUGUCAAGAACGAUUUUAUGAGGUCAAAACUACCAAGGACCCCGGAAGUUGCUGUCCCACCCAUGCGUGCGUGCCUCCCAAGGACCUCUGCAUUAUUCAAUAUGAGCUUGGCGAGUCCUCAAAGUUUACUAAACAGGUCGGAGAAAAAUGGACCCAUGCCAAGGACGUUUGCAAACACGAGUCUUGUACGUACGGUCCAGAUGGCAAAUCCCAGGUGGUGAGCACUCUGGAACAGUGCGUAACCGACUGCGCCCAAGGUUUCAGUUAUCAGAAGACAGACAAAGCGAAAUGCUGUGGCAAAUGUGUCCAAACCGCUUGCGUCUUCGAUCAUAAGCUGUAUGAAAUUAAUUCGCAUUGGAAAUCGGCCGACAAUUGCACAUCGUACAGCUGCCUGAAAAAGGAUGAUCUGGUUUUAGUUACAACCUCACAGGAAAUAUGUCCGGAUGUCAGUGGCUGCCUCUCUCAUCUCUUGUACCAAGAUGGUUGCUGUCAGCGCUGCAAGUUGGAACCGAUUGUGGCAGAUAAAUCUACCUGUUUGCCUGUAUCCUUGGCGGAGUCACAAACCAAGGAGCUGCUCAAAUUUUCCAAGCCCGGCCACGGGAUUUGUGUCAACGCCGAACCCAUUCAGGGCUUCACCGAAUGUCAGGGUGCCUGUUCCUCAGGGUCCAAGUACAAUGCACUUACCGACAUUCACGAGAAAUUCUGCACUUGUUGCAACAUUAAGUCCUUUCAGCCGAUCUCAGUGAAAAUGCUUUGUGCGGAUGGCCACUCGUUUACCCAAAAGCAUGAUGUGCCCUCUAGCUGCGGAUGCUCACUGUGCUCGGAAUUUUCCGAAGCCUUGAUAGAUGUGAGAAUGCAACCGGAAGGUCAGUCGCCUUUACUCAAGUUGCUCGCUAACCAUCAUCACUACUAGUUCGUCCUUUAAAGAAUGGUCUAUAAUUAGGUUUAAGGAUA